AUAAGUGACAGACGUAACUUGAAUUUUUUGAUACUUUUAAAAUUUAUAUGAUAGCGUUAUUAUUCUUAAAGGAAAGCGAUAAUAAUUAUAUACUAAGUUUUUAAAUAAUUAUUUGGACUGUGUGAAUUUAUAAUGGUGUACGAUUACUUUGAUAAAUACACAUUUAUUUGUGAAAUGUACGACGAAGACGCUGAUGAUAUCAUAGAACUAGUUUUAAACUUUUUUCCCUUUGAUAAUUCUAUACAAGUAAUUGAUACAAAAAAGGGCAAGAACUUAGUGAGAAGAGUACAGUUACCUCCGCUAAAAUUAGAAAUGCUGCAAAUAGGUAAUGUUGUAAAUAUAUUUGCAAAACUGCUGUAUAUAAGGGACUGUGCGCCCCUCACACGAAGAAUACUCUUUAAAAACGUAGAAAGCACUUUUGCUCUUAUCAAACCCGUCCCACCAAGUGCUCACGGGAAAAUAAUCACAUUUAUAAUGAAGAAAGGCUUCCGGAUUGUACGUAUGAAAACUGGGAAAGUUACAAAAGAAUUUGCGAUGGAGCUUUACGCAAACAUAGCAGGGAGCAGCAUGCUUCCAAUUAUAAUAGAUUACAUCACAACCGGAGAAGUAAUUGGCUUAGAGCUGGUAGCAACCGAUGCUGUAAAAGAAUGGCGCAAGUGCUUAGGAGCGACAGAUCCUACAGAGGCAGCGCCAGGUACGCUGCGGCAACUGUACGGUGAAAAUAAAUUGAGGAACGUGGCACAUGGAUGCAAUACUCCGGAAGAUGCUAAAAAGAUGCUCGACCUUUUCUUCGGUUACGAAAAAGGAGUGCCUCGUGUACCUUUCAGAGCAACAUUGAAGAACUGUACGUGCUGUCUUAUCAAACCGCACGCGAUCAUAGAGGGUAACUUGGGUGCUAUACUGGAACAAAUUGCAACCUCUGAUCAGUUUUAUAUUUCUGCAAUAGCUAUGUUCGCUGUGAAAAUAUCAAACGCACAAGAGUUUUAUGAAAUAUACAAAGGAGUACUACAAGAAUAUGAGGCAAUGUGCAUACAUCUAGCUGAGGGAAAAUGUGUCGCUUUAGAAGUCAAAUGUAACGAUCCAAAUAAGAAUCCUGUAUGUGAGUUUAGAAAGCUGUGUGGGCCAAGAGAUCCAGAGCUAUGUCGUCAGUUGUAUCCAAAUUCCAUACGAGCACAAUACGGAAAGAAUAUUGUACACAAUGCUGUACACUGUACAGAUCUUCCAGAAGAUGGUGAACUUGAAGUUGAAUAUUUCUUUAAAUUAUUGGCGAAUGUUCAUGAAUAAUUCUCA